CUGGAGGAGGGCUGACAGCCUGCCAACCACAGCUGCACUCCCUUUCCUUCCAGCCCGAGGUCACAACGUAGCAGUAAGGCUGAGGCAAUACCAGGAGCUGAGAAUGCCCCAGGCCCUGGAGCAAGCAGACGGCAGAUGGGCUUGGGUAGUCCUGUUAGCCUCCUUGGUGACCCAGGCCCUCACUGUAGGCUUCCCUUCCUGCAUCGGCGUCUUCUUCACUGAUCUGCAGCGUGACUUCCAGGCCAGCAACAGUGAGACCUCAUGGUUUCCCUCCAUCAUGGGGGCCAUGCUCCAUUGUGGGGGACCUCUGUGCAGCAUCCUGAUCAAACGUUUCGGCUGUCGAGUGACCAUGAUGCUGGGGGGGGUGCUGGCCAGCUUGGGCAUGGUAGCCAGCACCUUCUCAGACUCGCUCAUCCACCUCUUCCUUACGGCAGGACUUAUCACAGGCCUGGGCAUGUGUUUCAGCUUCCAGUCAAGCAUCACAGUAGUGGGCUUAUAUUUUGUCCGCCAGCGGCCGCUAGCCAAUGCACUGGCCUCCAUAGGAAUCUCCAUGGGUGUCACCCUCUGGCCACUGCUGGCCCGAUAUCUUCUGGAAACCCUGGGCUGGAGGGGUGCCUUCCUCAUCUUCGGUGGCAUCUUUCUCCACUGUUGUGUAUGUGGAGCCAUGCUGAGGCCCGUUGCCACCAAUGUGGACCCUGAGCCCAAAGAAGAUCUCCUUCUCCCUCCCAAGACACCUACACGCAGCUGCCUGGCGACAUGUGUCUCGACUAUCCAAUACUACCUGGCCUUCGACAUCCUUCGUCACAAUAUGGUCUUCUGCAUAUAUGUCACGGGUGCAACAUGGAUGACCCUGGGUUUUUCACUGCCACAUAUCUUCCUGGUGCCCUACGCUAUGCAUCAUGGGAUGGAAGAAUAUUGGGCAGCCAUGCUCAUGUCCAUUGUCGGCUUCUGCAACAUCUUCUUGCGGCCAGUGGCAGGGAUGCUGGCGGGCAGGAAGAGCUUGGCUGCCUACCGGAAGUACCUGUUUGCCGUGGCGAUCCUCAUCAAUGGGCUCACCAACCUCAUAUGCACAGUGUCGGCCGACUUCCGGGUGCUCCUGGGCUAUUGCCUGGUGUACAGCCUGUCCAUGUGUGGAACCGGAAUCCUCGUCUUCCAGGUUCUAAUGGACAUUGUCCCGAUGGAUCGGUUCCCCAGCGCCCUGGGCCUCUUCACCAUCCUGUGUGGCAUGGGUUCUCUCAUCUCUCCACCGUUGGCUGGAUUGCUGCUGGACACGACCAACAACUUCAACUAUGUUUUCUAUAUGUCGAGCGGCCUCCUCAUCUCAGCCUCCCUUUUCAUGGGUGUGGGCUUCUAUGUCGCAGAGAAGAAGCUGAAGCAAGACAGGCAAGCCAAGAUGGAGGAUGCUACCUCAGAGAUUACCUCAAAGCACAGUCUUACCUCAGAAGACAAGGACAGUGCCAAGAAGCAACCAUACCCUGAAAACAUCUAUGUGACCAGUGUCUGAACUCCAGGGAUCACCUAUGACCUGCCUCUGAGCUCUGAAGUCAGUGGGGGGAAACCUUCCUUCCGGGAAGUAGAGUGCAGAAGAGGGCCUUCCUGGUCUGAGUCCUGCUUGAAGCAGUCAUGGCUACCUAGCUACCCUGGGCUGGCUCCUCCCAGUUGUUUCUACAACCCAACACUCUGGGGCCUCUCAUCCAGCCUUCCCAUGUCAGCUCUCUUUGCCCUUCAGGCCUCAGACAAUUUUGAAGAACUUGCCUGUCCUCCAAGAACUUACUCCUCCUCUUUUCCCAAAUAACCAACCCUGACCCCCUCAGGUCAGGAAGAUAAAGAGUGCUGCUUCAAGAAGCUGAGUCUCGUGCUAAGUGGCGCCAUAGCAGAGGCAGAGAUGAAAAGCCAGGAAGAGAAGUUGGCCUCGGUACAAGAUUAGGACCAAUUGGCUGUUUGUGGGGAAAACUGGUCCUGACACCUCUGCAGAGAGCAAGGAAGAAACUUACUUCUCUGCUGUCCUGGAAGGAGCCCUCCUGCUUGGGUCUCAGAAGUUAUAAAGUCUAAAGAGUCUUCAGCCGUUGAGCAGAGCCUGAGGCAGAAUCUCCUCUUUUACCAGACUCUGUAGGGGAAGGCAGAUCCUUCACUAACAAGGAGACAAGAAGGCCGGCUAGGAAACUUAAGGAACGUUAUAAAAACCGGGCCUAUGUGUGCAAAUGGUAGCCUGUGCUCCGCCCGUGGCCUCCGAGGCGCCACUUUCUCCAGGAUGUGUUGGAAGUAUCAACCCCGAGGCAGUAACUGGCUAAAGCAGCAGCUGCUUGCUAGCCUCUGCCCACGGCCUAGAGCUGUGUCCACAAACACACUUCUGGUGCUGGUGUCUGAGGCCAUCACUUAAGGCUGGCUGUCAUCAGCCCAGGCUUGUCCCAGCUGGGUACUCCAGGAAAUGGGAAAACAGUCUGUUUGAAUUAGAUACAAAAACAUUCCCUGCCGCGGGUCAUGAACUCUGGAUUAGUAAAGCAGGAAAACAGGCCUGAGUAAAUUUCCUCUCUUCCCCAGGCCUGGCAGGAACUUCUUGGGCUUGUUUGUUGGUUCAGGCUCAACCAGGCUCCAGCAAGAAAGCCUUAUCAGGAAAAACCGAUUUUAUUUUCAUGACUGACGCCAGCCUUCCUCCUCCACAAGUCCAUCUGGCAUGAGUAAGCAUUUUAAGGAUUAUUUUGUCUCCUCUAAGGUGCUGUCACGAUCGCCCCCUCAUGGUCAAGGGAAGUACUGCAGCGGCGCACUUGCUGAAUCGCUU